GCAAUUUCAACCACACUAUCUUUCACUUCCUGGUAGUAGCUAGAAAUUAUUAUCGAGGGAUCAUCACAUUUUGAGGCUGCAACAUCUUACUAUGAAUAGAUAUAUGGAGAAUCAUGUAGCUAAAGAGCUGGAAGCAAUGCUGAAGAAGGCACAACCUUUGUUUUCAACCAAAAGCUGCUGCAUCUACAAGGUGCCCCAUCAAAUCCGCCGGUCAAACGAAGAUGCAUACACCCCAGGGCUUGUUUCAAUCGGUCCUCUUCAUCACGGGAAUUCCAGGCUGGUAACCAUGGAAUCCCACAAACAGGUUUACUGCCAACACUUCAUUCAAAGAUCGGAGGCAAGUUUAAGCGACUUGGUGAGUUGCGUGCAACAGUUGGAACCACACAUCCGUGCAUGUUACUCUGAGAAGAUCAAUCUCACAGUGGAUAAAUUGGUGAAGGUGAUAUUUAUAGACUGUUGUUUCGUAAUUGAACUUAUCCUCGGAGAUGAGUGGAUCAGAAAUGAUGCUAUCUUCUCAAAACCGUGGAUGUGGGUUCGGGUAAAAUCUGAUCUGUUAUUACUUGAGAAUCAGGUUCCUUUCUUUGUUUUUGAGAUGCUAUACAAUCUAGCUUUUGCUUCUCGCUUAAAUAAUGGUGCUAAAUUCCCUCCAUUUUUGAGGCUUGCUGUUGGAAUGUUUUCAAAGGUCGAAAAACAAGGAGUGUUAACACUGGAGGCUAGCAGUAUAGCACAUUUCACUGAUCUGCUUAGAUACUUGUACUUGACACCAUUUCAUACAACAACUCCAAGGAAGCGUGGACAGUUAGUCCUUGGUCACGGUGCAUCUGAGUUAUUCAAAGCAGGAGUGAAGUUCCAAGUAAAUAAAUCAAAUAAUGGCUGCAUACUUGACUUGGAAUUUGAACAUGGUGUUCUUAAAAUUCCACACAUUUUAGUGCAUGAUAUGACUGAAGUUAGGUUGAGGAACAUUGUAGCUUUGGAACAGUGUCACUAUCCUCGACAUCACUACCUCACUGACUACGUUAACUUCCUUGCUCAACUUGUCAACUCAAACAAGGAUGUGGAUGUCCUCAUUAAUGCUGGAAUAAUUGAGAGUACCAUAAUUGGUAAUGACACUUCGGUGAAUAAGAUAUUCAGUGAUGUUGGGAAAAAUAUUCUAAUGGAAAAUUAUAAUGCUAAUUAUCUCCAAAUUUGUCAUGGUUUGAAUGCUUACUACAAGCAUCCUUGGCACACUAAAAUGGCAACUCUGAGACGCGAUUAUUUCACCACUCCAGGGAAGACAGUGACUUUCAUUGCUGGAAUUGCAUUGCUCCUUCUUAUUCUUCUUAUUCAGACAGUAUGUUCUAUUCUCCAAGUUUAAUUAAUAAGAGAAAUAUCAUGGUGAUUAGUUCUGUACUAUUAUUAGUAGUAAACCUUGUAUCCUAAAUUCUAAAUAGAUAGUAAAAUAAAAUGUUUACUUU